GGAGAGGGAGAGGUGAUAUCUCUAUUUCUCUAGGCGGUAAGGUUGUGGUUUGUCUCUGAAAAUGUUGUGUGCCGUUUCAGUCAAGAAAGAUGGUGGAAAGAAACAAAAGUUACAGUUCAUGACCUAGAGGAUGGAAAGAGCAAAGAAGCAACCACGAUCUGGGAAAAGGACCCAGACACCAAUGGCUCCAUCUCCGAGUGCUGCAACUUCUCCCCCCGAUGAAACUGGUGUCUCAGAAGAAGAUCUCAUGAAAGGGCCUACAAAUGCCUUUGUCAUAUUCUUUACUGAAGGGUUGGAAGAUGCAAGAGCUAGGGCUGGUCCCGGUGGACAGUUUCGCCUAAAAGAGCAUACAAGAGAAGCUGGGCUGAGGUGGAAGAAGAUGGAUGCCACGCAACGAGAGAAAUAUGAGACCCUUGCGAAAAUGAGAAGGGACCACAUUGCGGAGACUACCCCGAAGGCAAAAAGGAAGACUGCACCGCCCGUGUUUCUAACGAGAUGUUCCCCGAAGAAGUUGGUGCAACUCAAUAGCACUCUCACCGAUGAACAAAUAAAUGCGGUUGAGGGACUUGGUUUCGGAUCAAUCCUACUACUAAAAUGCAACUUAUUGAAUCGGGAUUUUCUAGCCAGGUUGGUGCACCACUUCAACACGGACACGCGGUCGCUGGAAUUUGGGAGGGAUAGAGUGUAUCAAAUAAGCACUGCCGAUGUUGCAAGGGCAUUAGGGUUGUCCUUUGGAACCCAACCAGUUCCAUUAGAGUGUGAUGAAAUUCAUAGAAAACACGUUGAAGACAUGUUUGUGGAUUGCGAGAAGGGAGUAAAGUUUACUACGCUGGAGGAGGUAAUGAAAUUGGGGCAGGCGGAUGCAAAGUUCAAGACAGCAUACUUACUCUUUGCCUUGGCUUGCUUCUUGUGUCCAACCACAAAGGAUGUGGCAGGUCCAAGGUUAUACCCGGCGGUUUUUGACUUAUUGCAGAUUCUGUCCUAUGCAUGGCCUGAGUUUGUGCUUGAUUGGUUGGUGGCUGAAGUUAGUAAGUUUAAGAAGAGAGCCGACAAGGAUGUGACUAAUGCAAGGAAGAGUAGUUUUCCGGGCCUCGGCGGCUGCCUUUUCAUCCUCAUGCUCAUAUACUUUGACAGAGUUCCCAUGGGAAUGAGUGUUGGUAAUGCGGGUGAUUGCUUGAUUCAGUGUUGGACAAAGGAACUCCUUGGGGAGCGUAUAGCGAAGGAGACAAAUGUGGGGGUUCAAGACCCAAUUCCGGGUCAAUUUCCCCAAUGUUGUCUUCGGCAUCCGCUUGCUAUUGAUGCUUAUGAUGGGGUGAAGAGAAGGGUCAAGGAGCAGUUGCAGGACAUCAUUGAAUUGGACAAUGCCAUGAUGAAGCAUUACGAAUCACUUGGAAAUGAGGGUCCUUCCACCUCGACACUGAAUCCCUCCAAGGGAUAUGACUGGUCUGGUUGUCCACAACCAGAAGCAACAACUAGAUGUGUCAGGAGCAAUUUGUUUAAUAAUGCAGAUCAAAGCACAAAAGCAUAUAUGGAAAGCAUCAGUGUUGAUACUGCUGGGCCUCCCAAAGGAAGACACGCGAAAGUGCCCUUCGCUGCGAAAUUUCCCGACCUUAUCUCUGAUGCAAGGAUGAUGAAGAAUGCAGGCAGUCAACUGGAAAAGAUUUCAAGGAGCAGGAAAAGAUAGCACAUAAGUUAGAAGCUUGACAUAUAAAGCUUAAGGAAUGUGAAGAAGAGUAUAACAGACGUGAAAAAGAGUUUAAGAAAUGGGAGGCCAAAAUUCAAAAGGAGAGAAUGCAGUUGUACUCUGAGAAGAAAAUGGUACUCUAUUUUUUCAGUUGUUACGGAUUAUCACUUGAUUUGUGAAAGGAUAUGUAAGAGUAGCAACUGCCACCCUUCCAACCCAUCGACUCGUCGUCUGCAAGAGAAACUAUGCUCUUCCUAUUUUACAUUUCUAACCAGAAUAUCAAGAUUUGAAGUUAUACUCUUUUAUUUUUGAAUUGGAGACAUUUACUUAUUUGUCUACUAUGGUAUCGGAUUUGUUUUGUUUCUAGCAUGAGAGAGCAAUGUUGGACAAAAAAAGGGCAGAUGAAAAUGCUCAAGGUUGGCAGAAGAACAAGCAAGG